GGGCCCCCCGUUCCGGGUGUGUGGGGGAGCGGGGCGGUGCCUGCGGCUUCCUCGGCCUCCUCCCGGUCCCAGUCCCGGUCCCGGUCCCGAAGUGGAGCAACCCCGGGCGCAAAUGGCGGCACAAUGUGUGACAAAAGUGCAGCUGAACAUCUCCUGUAACAACCUCCUGGAUAAAGAUGUAGGUUCAAAAUCCGACCCUCUGUGCGUCCUGCUCUCCAACACAAGCGGACAGCAGUGGUAUGAGGUCAACCGCACAGAAAGGAUUAAGAAUUGUUUGAACCCCCAGUUUUCUAAGACAUUUUUAAUUGACUACUAUUUUGAGGUGGUUCAGAAGCUGAAAUUUGGGAUUUAUGACAUUGACAAUAAAACCAUCGAUUUAAAUGACGAUGAUUUCUUGGGUGAAUUUGAGUGCACACUGGGACAAAUUGUCUCCAGUAAGAAGCUAACCCGACCACUGGUCCUCAAAAAUGGCAGGCCCGCAGGAAAAGGGAGCAUCACGAUUUCAGCAGAAGAAGUGAAAGAUAACAGAGUGGUUUUGCUGGAAAUUGAAGCCCGAAAACUGGACAAUAAGGAUUUAUUUGGAAAAUCUGACCCAUAUCUGGAAUUUCACAAGCAGACAUCAGAGGGAAACUGGCUUAUGGUUCACCGAACAGAGGUUAUUAAAAACAAUUUGAAUCCUGUUUGGAGGCCUUUUAAGGUCUCUCUUAAUUCUCUGUGUUAUGGAGACAUGGACAAAACAAUCAAGGUGGAGUGUUAUGACUAUGAUAGCGAUGGGUCGCAUGAUCUUAUUGGAACUUUUCAUGCUACCAUGACAAAGCUAAAAGAAGCCACUCGAAACUCACCAGUGGAGUUUGAAUGCAUCAAUGAAAAGAAGCGGCAGAAGAAGAAAGGCUACAAAAAUUCAGGUGUUAUUAGCGUGAAGCAGUGUGAGAUUAUAGUGGAAUGCACCUUUCUGGACUACAUCAUGGGAGGAUGUCAGCUGAAUUUUACCGUCGGAGUAGACUUCACUGGCUCUAAUGGAGACCCUCACUCUCCUGACUCUUUGCAUUACAUCAGCCCUAAUGGGGUUAAUGAGUAUUUGACUGCUAUCUGGUCUGUAGGAAUGGUCAUUCAGGAUUAUGAUCAUGAUAAAAUGUUUCCAGCCUUUGGGUUUGGAGCUCAGAUUCCUCCUCAGUGGCAGGUGUCACAUGAAUUUCCAAUGAACUUCAACCCAACAAAUCCAUUCUGUAAAGGAAUCCAGGGCAUUGUAGAUGCCUAUCGGUCCUGCCUUCCUCAGCUGAGAUUAUACGGACCCACUAACUUUUCUCCAAUUAUAAAUCACGUGGCCAGCUUUGCUGCUGCAGCUACCCAACAACAGACGGCAUCUCAAUAUUUUGUGCUCCUGAUAAUUACGGAUGGAGUAAUCACCGACCUUGACGCCACCCGUCAGGCCAUUGUGAAUGCCUCCAAGCUCCCUAUGUCCAUCAUCAUCGUCGGCGUCGGCGGAGCUGACUUCAGUGCCAUGGAGUUCCUGGAUGGGGAUGGUGGGGUCCUCAGGUCCCCAACGGGCGAGGCAGCCAUUCGAGACAUUGUCCAGUUUGUGCCUUUCCGACAAUUCCAGAACGCCCCCAAAGAAGCGCUUGCUCAGUGUGUUCUGGCGGAGGUUCCCCAGCAAGUCGUGGGCUACUUCAACACGUACAAACUCCUCCCUCCCAAGAACCCACCUUCCAAAUGAAGAUGAGACCCAGUCCACAUUGGCCGAAUUCAUCCAUGCAGCGAAGAUCAAGGGAUCAGUCACCCAAAUGCAUCAUCCCGCCAUGUAGCUUCUUGGGCCUCUCCCUGCUUCUAUGAGAAAUAUCCUUCUGCACCAAACCAUACCCAUUUAAUGCAUUUCUUCUGGAAUAAGCUUUUUGUACUCUUGAAAUUUUAAGUGCCAAGUUAAUCUUUUCCUAAUCACGUCAGGUACUGCUGGUGAUUUGCACUUAUCAUGAGGCAGGUGAUAUAAGGAAGCAUCAGGGAAGCUGAUUUUUGUUUUUGUUGUUCACUGCAUUUAAUGAAUGCAAAUAUAAUGAACUCACUGUUCCUGAAGGUUAGGUGGAAGAGUCAGAAUGGUAAAGGCAGGUCACCCACAUGUUGCCCUCCUGGCAGUUAGUGGCCUAUGUGCAUAUUAAACUUUCACCCUUGAUCAAGAUAAAGUUCUUGCACCCAAUAACACCUGGAGUCUAACUGAUUUUCCAUGCCUUCCCAAUUAGCUUAUGCACUGCAGGUUGUAAACCUCCUGGACUCGUUCCCUGAGGCAUCUUGUGUUUCCUAGGAACUGGGCAGCUGAUGUUGAUCCUGUGGAUUUGCCCAGAUCAAAACCCCAAUCUGUUGGCUGGAAAAGGGGACAUGCAUUUGGUUUUGUACUGUACAGUCAUCAAAUAGCAUAAACCUGUCCUACAAACGGUUUUGCGUUUGCCUCUUUCCCUCCCAUUGCUUUUAGCGUUCUCCAUCUAAGGAACUAGUAAUAGAAUCAGUCAUUUUUAUUGAGCACUUACUGUGUGCAGAGCACUGUACUAAGUGCUUGAGAGAGUACAAUAUAACAAUAUUACAGAGUUCAUAGUCACAUUCCUUGCCCGCUAUGAGCUUAAGGUCUCCAAUCUAGUUUAAGUGCUUACUUUAGGCACAGCACUGUAUGAAGAGCUGGGAAAGAUUACCCAGAUGGGAAUUAGACAGUGAUCCCUGUCUUUGUGGGGGCUCACAAUCUAACAGGUUAGGAAGGUAUUAUCUUUAAAGAAGUAACAGGGUGUAAAUUCUAAUCAACCACUAGGAAACUUUAGGAUUCUAAAAUCAUAAGGGAUUUUUCUCUUUCAGCUCUGUUCAGCUGGGUUGGUUCAGUCCUCCCAUUUGUUUUGCUUUGGGUGGUUUUCUGGACCAAAAUGGUUGCCAUUGGCAUGCUUUCUGUGUGGCUGCUGAUUGGGCACAGGGCAGCAAAUCUCUUUGACCUCUUAAUCAAAUUCCACUUCUUUCUGUAUCCUGCUUUUUGAGCACCUUUGGCCUGAGGAGCUUGCUAAUGAUAACAGUGACCAUGUGAGAGACAAGGCUUCAUAAGGAGAUGCAGAUAUUGCAAAUGUUUAGAAGCAGUUGCAUUUCUCAGGCACUGCGCAUGCCCUGUAGUUAGGCUAAAGAUCAUCUGAAUCAUCUGCAAGCUCACUUUCUACAGGCUAACAUACACUACAAGGCUUUGACUUCAUCGUUUUGAUGAUUUAAAUGCUUUCCCUGAAAAUAAUAUCUUCCCUGUGAUGGUCCUAUUCCACAGAACACUUUGUUCUUGGAAGAGUUCUCCCUUCUCCCCACCCUCCCCACCCCCAAUUUCAAGAAUUGAAACAAACCCUUGCAAAUCUCACCUGCCUGGGUUCCUUCCCUGUCAGGUAGUGAGAGGGGCAGUCACCCUGCAGAGAGCUACUUUGAUCUUAGCUCCUUGGAAGUGUCUUCCAGGAGGAAGGAACCUGGCUUGCCAUAUCAGGCGUUUUCGUGGUUAUUUGGUGUCUGCGGCAGCUUCUAUGAUAGCCCAGUCUUCACUGGGAACAGGAUGGAGGAUCAGCAAACAUGGGAAAACCCCUUGCUGUUAUAUCAGGAUUCCCACAGCAAGGGGUAGUUUCAGCCUUUGUUUAGAGACACUGAAAUGUCCUGCCCUGAAUUUCUGUUCUGACCAUCAGCUAAGUUGAGGGUUUUGUCUGCUAUCAAUCAAGAGGAUUUAUAAUUCUCCUAUUUUUAUAUGUGCUUUUAUUAGAGAAAAAUGUUACAUGAAGAUGCUUUAGUAGAUAUCAUUAUUUUAAAGGGACAUGUUUGUAGGUCAGGGUAAGCGGUGAGUAGAGGCAUUUAUAUUUUCCAAUUUGUCAAACUUUAAGAAAAUAGAUUUCAGAAAUUCAGUCCAUGUGAUCUCUUGCUACUUAACACUUUUCUCUUGAAUUACAUCAUCUCCUUUCAUAUCAUACUCACACAAGUGCUCCCGUUUAAACUGUAGUUAAAGACACGGUAUGCUGCAACCUAGGCCUAUACCUUUUAGUACCCAAUGCAUGAUACAAUGGCAAGUGAAAUUUGCUUCUGCCGAGGUGGGUGCUCACAGGAUCAAGACAGAAGUUUAUACCUUCUGCUUUGAUCUGAAAGACUUGUACACAAUCCUGCUUGCAGCUUCAGAUGCCACCCUGUGGUAGAAAUUCUGAAUGGACGUUUUCAACGAAAUGUAGGUGUCAGACCCAGGAUUGGCUAAUCUUUAGGGUGUCACCCUCUCCUCCUGCCCUUUUCAAAAUACACUCGAUACCUCUCUUCCUUUUAUGCUUCAUUUCUUUGACAGCUUAAAAUAUUUUAGCCUCAAUACGUUUUUGUGAUGACAAUUUUUGCUUAACAUUUAAAUAAUUUUUCUUUUUUUGGGGGGGAUAUUUAAGCUACAUCAUGUAACAGGAUUACUUCCCCCAGAGUACAGAAGGAAUAGAAGACAGGAGCAUCAGGAACAACUCUUAAGGCAGUUGAAGCUUCUCCCUCCACUUCCAUUAUCUGGGUUAGGAUUUGCUCUCCUGCUCACACCCCCCACCUUCUGAUCUCUCUGAUUUGUUUUCUACUCCUAUACCUCACCCACUGGGUCUUUUCCCUCCUUUUUCUGAAAGUAACAUUUCUUCCUACUCCAAUUAUGAAGAGACUAACAUACUCUAACACCUUCUCUGAAGCUAAGAAACAUUGACAUUCUGCCAGUUUUUGGGGGGGGGCGGAGGGAAGCUUGAGAGGUUAUAGAGUUCUCAGGAGCUAGGUGUUAGGGGGAAGAGUUCGAAAUCCCCAGAGAUAACCCAAAACCUGGUUGAUAAUCACUGAACUAGAGGGUUAUGUGUUUGUUUUUUUUAAUAAAUGAUCUCUUUGCUAAUAUAUAUAUAGCUAUUUCUAAUAUAUGGCCAGAUGUUUAAGUGCACCCUCCCCUUUGAAUUUCACUUGAUAAAAUUAAUACUGGAUGUGAGA